AAAAAAAUAUCCGAAUUAUUUGUGGCAGUGAACGCCGUACUCUAUCCAAAGUGCAUGUCGGAGUUUAUGGAAACGCAAUGGAAAAACCGUUUGCUUUUUUGGUACUAUUUAUAAAUUUAGCAACGUUAAAAGGGGAAAAUGCAUUAAUAAUCAGCAAUGAUAAUAUAGAAAACCUCCGUAAAAGUGAUGAAGGUGGAAACUAUCAGUUUUCUUACGGAGUCGCCGACGAGCAGACGGGAGACGUCAAAAGAGUAUGGGACUCGAAAGAUGGUGAUACUGUUAAAGGUCAUUACAGCGUGCUAGAUGCCGAGGGGUCUGUGAGAACUGUGGAGUACACAGCCAGCCCCGGCGUAGGCUUCGUCGCCGCGGUCAACAACGAUAGAGUCAAAUCUCAGCCGGAUAAAGAACAAAAAGUUAUGGAAGAUAAAUCUUACAGAGAUUAUAACAGACCUUACGAUCUUUCAGAAGACCCAAACUAUGAAUUUCAUUAUACAAAACAUCGAAAGAACAAGAUACGUCCUUACGAUCUUUUUAAAGAUUAUCCUAUGAAACGACCUAGUCAUGCUCAUUCUGAAGCAGAUUCUGGCGAGUUCCAAUACAAUCCAUCACUAAAAAACUAUUACAACGGUGAUUCUCAUAGAAACAUGGGUUAUGGCCAUGAUCCCGAUUGUAAUACUAAAUAUGUAACCGAAGGGAGUAAUUAUUUUAAAACAUUUACCGAUUUAGAUUUUCGUAAACAAAAAUAUCCCUUACUAUAUUCGGAUCCAUAUACACAGGAAAAAUAUAAAGACAUGCCUUAUGAUGAUUUAGAGAAGUAUCUGAAUUAUAAAUAUAAAGGUGAAAAUAACUCACCGAGACCUGACGAAAUGAGUCUAGCUACAUCAGUUAAAUAUAGUUAUCCUACACUACCAGAUAUUCCAGUUUCUCAACAUUUUUAUCGAGAUGAUGUUGAGCAGAGACCUAAAAAGAAACAUAGACCCAAACCUACAGAUGUAUUUUAUUCAAGUGAGAACCUUAAUGAUUACGUUUUGGUACCAAAGAAGAAAUAUAAGAAACCUCCAAGGUUACCCGAUAUUAAUGAUUAUUCAACCGACAACGAUGAAGAUUACGAUCAUAUGGACGAAGAAGAUGAUAGAAAACGUAAACCAAUUCGAGGCUCCGGCCAGAAAGAAGUCGUUAGAAAAAUUAUUAAAAAACCAAAACCAACGAUUAUUACUUUGCUAGACAUAUUAGAUAUUUAAUAUUUAAAUACAAAUUAGAACAUACUUGUACAUACUGGA